GCGCUGUUGUCGUUUCGUCCUUUCAUAUACCUGCCUCCCCCCGUGCUGGAUGAGCCAAGACCAAGGCCCCACAAACACCCAUCGUGCUUGGCGCUUUAGAUCUCUUUUCUCCUGUCUACUAUAGUCUGUCUGGGCCUCGCGAGGCGACGACAUUUAUGAUGUCAGGUCUUGCAGCCGGUGCUCAUCCCGACUACCAUCAACCAUGCACACGUCGUCGUCGCGCACGACGUUCCCAACGACCCAUCCACCAUAUUCCAGCUCCCUCAUCUUCUCUUCUAUCACUUUUAGCCACCCUUGUGGCAUCGCUCCCGGCCGUCGACGCAAGCCCUAUUCCCCUCUCUUUUCUCUGCCCAAGAUAUCGCCAGGAUUUUGUGGCAGUUGACGAACCGUGUAGUCGCGACGUUUCCGACUCACCUACUAUCCUACCAGUACCCUUACACAGGCAGCUUAGCAGUCGGACGGUUCCCAUAAAGUAUGAGCAGGGCUCAGACGGUCAGUGGAGACGGGUGGAUACAUAUACGUUAUAUGGUUCAACGAUGUGUACAUCGUGUUCCACUUCCAGUUAUCAAGCUUCGUCGGGCACUUCCCAAGACAGUGCUACCACCUCAGCCUCAGCUUCCUCGUCUGACGGCGAUAUUCUCGACUCCCUUCCCAGCGGCUGGAGACCGCAGACUCAUGAGCCGCGUACUACACUCAUAGUCACCCUUUCCCUUGUGCUUGCUUUCAUCAUCUGCCUGCUCAUCAUCAGUUGCCUUUAUUGGCGCAACAGGCGACGGCGCAAGCCCAAGGGAGACAUAGAGAUGCACACUUACAAAAGGCGGAAACAGUCAGUUCCCGACGACGAAGAGAUGCUUUCUCAGGGUGGUAUCAAGAAGAAGAAGAAGAUAUGGGCUAGGGCUACUGCCAGAUGGAAAGCCAAUGCCCGCCAUUCUGCCAGGCAGCGACGGGGAAAGAGGGCUUUCAGUGUCAACCGAUCAUCCGUACAACUUGAAGCGGCCUCUCCAGAAAAUGCACGCGACCCAAGGGACCUCUCGUCCGGAGCUGUGUCUCCGUGGUCUAGACAUUCAUCGCGUCGUUCUUCACUCACCUCAGUGGAGGGUACGCAGCCAGUCACAAUAGCCACCCCCACUGAAUUUGCCGACGUUUCUCAUGCAUUUCCUCCAGAUCCAACGGUCUUAGAAAUACCGCCGUCAUCUCCUCCUGCAUAUCAACAUCCCUCUCGCCUAUCUGUGCCUCAGAUUAAUAUUUGCACCUCAGGUCUAGCACUGCCUUCGGACGGUUCUGCAUCCUCCAUUUCCUCCCCUCUAACUCCAUACUAUUCUAGACAACCACUUCAGUCCUCGGGUGGUCAUCGGUCUUCUAAUAAGGACUCAGAAGAGCCAGGCUAUUCGCCAUCCGUCCAUGCGGCACAUGUGGCCACUGAUGACAAGGCUCUUCUCCAAAGACUCACUCAAUCUGCAAGUUCACCUCCCCAGGAUGGUAACAUUCUGGGGCAUAAUCAGGAGUCAUCUGCACCUGCUUGGCAGGAUGAGCAACUGGACGCCUUUAUUGACGGGCACAGGACCCCUCGCUUUGCCGGUGAUGGUCCCUUUCCAGUGUCGAGCAAUUCACUCUUCCCUGCUCCACCAGACCCUUUAUCAUCCAAAGGGAAAGCGGUUGCUGCGGAGUACUACGAUUACGAUUACUCGUAUUCGACUUUCGAUGAAGAUAUGCAGUCUCUCGAACCAGAGCUCGGACCUUCUGCACCUCCUUUCGAGGCGGUAACUAGUGAUUCUCCGGUAGAGUUACACGAACUAGUACCUUCUGCCCCACCGCCGGAGACUGAUGUGGAUGGUAACGAUAUAGCUGAGGCACUGCGCAAAGAUGAAGCGCCUUUCUACGAACGUCAGGGCGUAGCCGGGGAGACUCAGCUGCCCCUGGAAAAUGUUGGUGAAGACUCCUCCCAGGUUCCUCCGCACUAUCACUCUUGAUACAAUUUUUUUCAUCCAAACCAGGACGAGAGCAACUUAUUUACCAUUGAUCACAUCAGCUCAUUUUCUGCGGGGUGGGAAAGUUAAAUUGGCAUAGUAUCUUUAGCAGCAUAUGUAGUUUUAGCAUGCAAUACAGCACAGGUCCAUAGCGAAGUAGUUCGAAAGAAAUCAAGGUAAUUGGAUCCGAUUUGCAGCCUGAGAUACUUACGUAUGAGCCCAGACCUAUACUGUUGUCCUC